AUGUCGAUUAGCGACAACUCAACUGUGGCAGUGCCCCACGAGGGAGAAGGCGCGUACGAUCCCUUGAACGAAAGCGAUUAUUACAGCCAGCCGAGAGAUACCGUUCUGGACAAAUCACCCUAUGCAGAAUGUGAGAUUGUCCUAUUGGAUGCUGGAACUUCUGCCACACGCUUUUUGGUACACAGCUCUAUGAUACGUAAAAGUGCUCCACUCUUCGCGUUGGCUUCAAAAGGACAGCCCGUGACGCUGUCAAAGCUUGAUGAAUCAGCAGCACACACGUUGGUCAACUACCUUUACACGGGAAACUUCCAGACCCUGCUCUCCCACGAAUUUAGUGAUGACGAUGCCGCGUACGAAGGAUUCAAGCUCCCAACCUGCGUGUACUGUGCAGCUGUCCGCUACCAGCUACCCGGCCUUGCAGAGCUUUCGAGGCAAAAGAUAACCUACGCCGGCCAGCGCCUGCCCAUCUUCGACAUUCUAAAAAUUGCUCGAGACCAUGCAUUUCCCUUGCUUCCUGAAGCCGAUCGGUGGUACUCUGAGUAUCUCGAGAACACUGUGCACGACGCUAUGUCCCAGGACCCUGAGCCCUUCCGAAGACCAGAUUUCAUCACCAAGGUUGAAGGGAACAGUCGUCUGCUGCAGAUCGUUUGGAAGACUGUCAUGAGCAAUUGUGCGGCUGUAAUAGCUCAGGUCUCAGGCGAAUUGCAGUUGGAGAACGGUGCUGAGACGCCAAUGGCUGAUAGCCCAUUUGUGGAGAGUGAGGUCGCCACUCAACAAAGCUUCCAUCAGCUGCCCUCACCAACAGAAUCUGUUCUGGACAGUCCCCUUCCAGAAUCGGCACAAAUUCUCUUGAAGGAGCCAGAACACCUCGAUAUAGUCUUGUCUGCCUCUGAAAGUGUGAGGAAUUCAACCGUGGCUUCAUCUUCUGAGGCUGACGAUUCGAACGCACAGAUCGAUACCGCCUCAAACGACAACUUUGACCUUCCAGCCAUUGAGCCCACAAUCGAUCAUCAUGAAAACAUGGACACCGUCAAAGCGAAGCGGGAAGGGGUCAAAAAGUAUGGUCAUGUACGAGCCGACUCUGUUCUGGGGGAAGAAGCCGUGCUCGACAAGGAUUCCGACGAUGCGAAGCGUGGGGGACCUGUUGAAGCAAUACCCGCUGCAGGCAACGGAAACCACGAUACACCGAAGAAGGAAAAGAAGAAGAGCAAGAAGAAGCGUUCAUCUAUUGCCUUUUAG